AUGAACGAAAAUCUAUUUACCUCUUUUAUUACCCCUAUAAUAUUAGGCCUCCCCCUUGUUACCCUUAUUAUUUUAUUUCCUAGCUUACUAUUUCCCUCAUCAAACCGACUAAUUAACAACCGCCUCAUCUCUCUCCAACAAUGGGCACUCCAACUCAUAUCAAAACAAAUAAUAAGUAUUCAUAACACCAAAGGACAAACAUGAACAUUAAUAUUAAUGUCCCUAAUCCUAUUUAUUGGAUCUACAAACCUAUUAGGCCUUCUACCCCACUCAUUUACACCAACUACACAACUAUCAAUAAAUCUAGGCAUGGCUAUUCCCUUAUGAGCAGGGGCUGUAAUUACAGGUUUUCGCAACAAAACUAAAGCAUCACUCGCCCAUUUCCUACCACAAGGAACGCCCACACCACUAAUCCCAAUGCUAGUAAUUAUUGAAACCAUUAGCCUCUUUAUUCAACCAAUAGCCCUCGCCGUACGACUGACAGCCAACAUCACAGCAGGACACUUACUAAUUCACUUAAUCGGAGGGGCCACCCUUGCACUAACAAGCAUUAGUCCUACAACAGCACUCAUUACAUUCAUUAUUCUAAUUCUACUAACAAUUCUCGAAUUCGCAGUAGCUAUAAUCCAAGCCUACGUAUUUACUCUCCUAGUCAGCCUAUACCUGCACGACAACACAUAA